AUGUCCGGGGUCAACCAGUUUCACACCCGCGGCGCAAGUCUGGCUUUCGACGAUGCUCAGUUCAUUAUCGCGGCGUUCGAUUCCACCCUUCUAUAUCUCGCAUCCAUUGGCGCUGUAGAGAUUAUUCAACAGUCAGAACAGAAUGAGGAUGCCACAAUAUCUUUAUCGCGAGGUCGAUUCCCCAAACGGUGUCAACAGAAGUGGACAGAUGCAAGAUGGAAAGAGGCUUGUGCGAGUCGGGACUGCCAUGGUGUGCGAUCAUUGUCAAACUAUCUCACGGCGCAGCAAGAGCUCCAGACCUAG